UACUGUCAGUUCAAUUGAGUAGGACAAUGCUGAUCAAUACGUUGCCAAAUAUUCUUUGUAUAUAAAUAUAUAUAUUGAUAUGUAACCAAUUAAGCAACCAGUGUCUUUGUUUUUACUUCAAACAUUAAACUUAUACCUUCGAAAUAGGAGCAAUAGCAUUAAAAGCAAGAGUAUUGUGUCAACAUAUUAACUGAUGGCUGAGCAAAGUAGUGUUGUAUGUCCGACUCUAACAGAAGAGGAUGAAAAAAGCUUUACAACUAUGUUAAAAGAGCGUGGAGCUAAUGGUUUAUAUAAAUAUGCUCGUGGAAAAUUAGAUUCGUGGCUUAACGUUUCUUUAAACGUCGCAGUCACGGGAGGAUCAGGGAAAGGAAAAUCAAGUCUCAUCAAUGCAAUGAUCAAUCUCACAGGGGACGACGAGGGGGCUGCUUUUUCAGAUGUCAAAGAACACCCUACACACAAGAACAUAGUAUUUUGGGAUUUACCUGGAGUCGGUUAUAAUUUCAAAAAGAAGGAGUAUUUAGAUAAAAUGAAGCUGGAUGAAUAUGAUUAUUUCAUUCUUGUUUCAUCAGAGCGCUUUUCAGAAAACGACUGUUGGCUAGAUUAUGAAAUAAGGAAGAUGGAUAAACGGUUCUUCUUAGUGCGUACAAAAGUAGAUAAUGACAUCAGGGCAGAGAAAAGGAGUAGAAAAAAACAAACCCGAACACCGGAAGAAAUCCUAGCCGCAAUACGAUCGGACUGUAUGGAAACUCUUCAUUACUACGGUUUUCCAGAUAUUCCUAUUUACUUUGUCGACAAUCUUUCGCCAAACCACUAUGAUUUUGAUCUACUAUCAAAACAACUAAUUAAAGAUGCCCAAAAGAGGAAACGGGAGAUACUUCUCUCCAUUAAAGGAUAUGCUGGGCAGGUCAUAAGUGAGAGAAAAAAAGCUCUUGAAAAAAGAAUCCCAAAGCUUUCCAUGGCAUCUGCAGUAGCUGGAGCUACUUCAAUACCUGGAGUUGGUCUAUGGGUUGAUAAUGCCAUAUUAAUUAAAGAAGUUAACUUUUACAAAGAGCAGUUUGGAUUGACUGAUGAUGAUAUUAAGGAGACUGCAGAUAUUUUAGGAUUGCGAGAAGAAAAACUGAAAGAAGAUUUGGACAUGGGAAUUUUUCUGCAAAACUGCACAAAGAAAGGAAUCAUAGCUCUCUGUCGGCAUUUUGAAGUAUCGGCUACUUCAGCGGAAAUCGCAAAAUAUGCAAUCCCUAUACUAGGUAGCAUCAUCAAAGGAGCGAUGUCGUAUAAAACCACUUCAUACUGCCUGACGACCAUUCUUGAAGACAUAUACAAUAUUUCGGUUAAAGUUUUUGAAAAAUUGAGUUCUCAAAUGGAAGAACAACUCUGAAUUAAUGCGAUAUUGUCUGUAAAAAAGAACAAAAGAAUUGACAUUAUUUGUGUUUAAAAGGAAAUUAGAAAUUAAGGCAACAAGCUGUUUCUGAAUUGACUGCGAUUUAAAGCAAUAUACUCGUACAGUAGAUUUUAAGGAAAUUACAUAAACACACACACACAUAUAUAAACGAAUAUUUUGCUUCCAUUUGUAACUAAAUGUAUUGCUAACAGUGCAAAUAGACGCGACUUUACUGUCAGAAAUAAAAAUUAUGUGGACGGUCACAAAAAAGAAACGGACAGUUCUUUUUUGUAAUUUGUUAGUUUUUAAUUGUUUAAUUCGUUUCGUAUCAAACACAAUGUGUGCUGUGUGUAUUGUUUAUUCAUGUAAAGGGUAUUUUAUUGAUUGAUCGUUUGCUUUAAUUGUCUUUAUCUUAGGUUUGAUGGUUCAAGACUUUCCGUCAGUAUAUUUUAUUCAAUUUUAUUUAAAAGAAAGAAAGAUCACAGCUAUUGUACAACGUACUGGCCAGAAAGAUUGUUUUAAAUAUAACAAUAUUAUUUUUUCUAUAAAAAGGGAAGUAAUUUUGUGUAAUAGAACUUUUGUAAAUUCAAAUAUUUCAAUGUGUAAGAAUUCAAAUUUGCGAUGGACUUAAUUACAUCUGCAUUUUCAUAGGACCGCUCAGCGGCACAUUCCUUAGGAGUUACUAUAUAGUUACUAUAUUUACAAGACUUAUUCUGUCUAAUUAAAGGAAAUUUAUACAAAUUAACCUUUACAUUUGAAAAUUUAUCAAAUAAAAAAUAUAUAUUUAAGUUACUUAUCAUUAGAAUAUUUAACUACAGAUUUUACCGUUCAUAUUUAUCUUUAUAUGUAGAGACACUUCACUUUUACAAAGUGUGAACGAUUUUGGGCAUAUUUAAAAUAAAAGAUCUUACACGCUCGUAUUAUAUUCAAUUUCUAGCAAUCUACAUUUGAGUUAAUUUUUAUAAGACAAUAUUGUUAAAGUUAUAUACUCAUGAGCAUUUAAUAUAACUAAUAGAAAUCGCCUUAAAAGAAAACAAAAUUAACGUUUUGGUUUUGGAUUAUCGCUAUUCAAUAAUCUUUUGUUGAACAAUACUCCAAAUGAUAUAGGUUAUAAUGUUUUAACAUGGAUAGAAAGUACAGAAUAUAUCUAUGCAUAACGACUUAUGUAGUAUUUAAAUAGUUGUUUAGUUUAUCAUGCACAUGCAAUUUAUAUAGAUGCACAUUAAAAUUGAAUAGUAAAUCGAUGAUUAUAAUGAAAAAACAUGUGUAUAUUAUAUUCUUUGAAUGAAUAUUCUAUAUUAU